UUUGCAUGGCAACCAUGGAUAAAACAGGUGUUUUUUUGCUCAAUUUUCGAUGUUUUUUUAUUUUGACGUUUGUUUACCACUUAUUUCAAGAUGGCGAGGUGACCUGUGCAGAAUCAUCGUAAGCCGUAACUCCAAGAAGCCAUAACAUGCACACAAGAAUUUUUAAUGAGCCCUCAGCAUUUUAAGUGGUGUGAACGUCAAAGUUUCAAGGAUUAAAUACCUCACGCACUGUUAGUAUUGGCCUGGUUUUAUCCUCUCUACUUGAGUUGUUAAGGUAUUCACGGUGAAGGUGUGUCGUGAAUGAUGUUAUCGUCUUCUUAGCAGCAAAGAUGAAAAUACAGAAAUUCAAAAUAAAUGAGCUAAAAUGUGAACACUGGAAAACAACCUCAAAGCUAUCAGUUUUGGAAGUGUAACUUUUGAAAAGAUGCUGAAUAAUUUUGGAGAGGCAAACCGAAUUCACAAUGGACAAGAGGCAACCUCUCAAUCACAACCGCAGUUGCAACCAUAUCCACCCCACCCAUCGCAGCCACCUCCGAAUGUACCAGGCCCUCUACCACACCCAGCGCUCCCUGCUCUGUCCUCACGGAGUUACUCUACUCCAGCUCAUCUAGAUGAGUAUUUUAAUUGCAUGUUUCAGCCAAAAAUAUUUUCAGGGCAAAGAAACACAAGCUCAAAUUUCAAGAGAAAUCCAUCCAACGACUAUUCAUUUGAAAAAAGAUCCCCAUAUGCUGUCUGUUACAAAUCAUGUUGCCAACCCUCACCGUACUCUAUGAAUGCUACAGCAACUCCGUCGGCGUUGCAAUUCUCAUUUGGACAUCCAAACCAGCAGAGCAACCCAGAAAGCAUUGGACUCCAGGAUCAGAUGAUGCCAAAUCAGUCACACCAGCAGUCCCAGCAAAUGGAUUUUCAUUACCUUCCAUCACCCGCAAAUACUAUUUUCAACCAAAGAGUGAGCAACCCAAACUCACAUGAAACGCCUUCAGGAAUCGGAUCUCAUUAUACAUCCUCUAACUAUCUGCAUCCUUCUUUUUACAAUCCACGGCCACCCAAUUUCCUGCCAGAGUAUUAUGAACGAACACCAAGCAAAAAUCAGUCACCGAAAAGUACUAUCAAACAACAAACUAGUGUUAUUAAGAAUAGCAAUGAUUUUCCAUAUGCAUCUGAAAUGAAUCAGAAAUCUCUGCCACCUCCCAACUACAUCUUUAGCAAACGACCUGAAUCUUUUCUCCCAAGCUACUUGCCACCGUGUAGUCAGCCUAACUUUCCUCCAUCGAAUCAGUAUUCCACUCAUCGCAAUCCAAUCAUCGAUGCCCCUAUUCCUGCCCCACCCUACCGAAAUUUUAACUACUCUGUGCCUGCUGCAACUCCAACAACACCAGUCGUCGAGCCGAAGUCACAGCCCGAGGCACCUAAGAAAAGCAGCUCUAAACCUCUUGACGUACGACAGUUCCUUGAAACAUGGGAUGAUGAUGAUGAUGAACCAGGCGUAGCGUCUGGCGAGUCUCCAACCCCAGUUAUCAGCUCAUCAAAUAAAUCUAGUCAACUCUCCGCUAAUCUAGACCAGCGUAACAGCAUAUCGGACCUUAAUGCUUCAAGAGGUGAGUAUCCUGUCAUUGCACCCGAUCCAGAAAAUAGUGUCCUUUUCAAAAUCCUCAAGCCAGGAGGAGGUGCCGAACGAGGACCUAUAGACACUCCAUUUGCAAACCUUGAGCACUACCCGUACAACCGAGUUCAGCUAGGCAUCUCCAACUCUCCGAUCGAACCCCCCAACAACCCUAGUCUAGCUCCGCUGCAGUCGUAUUCGAGAACUUUUGACAGAACUCCUCCAAACUAUGCUCCAUCCAUUUUUCAACACGAUUCAAUGAUGUAUGGCUCUAAUGAGAAGUGCAAUAAACCAGACUAUCACGACGCGAAAGUGGUAGUCCCUGCUGAGAAAAUGUGCAAUAGCCCUUGUCCUAUAUCUUCGCCCUCAGAUCUAAGUCAGACAAGAAGAGUAACCAGCUCUCCCAAGAAAACCUACCUGAACCUAGAGCAUAAUGUCAUCAAGAAUAAUGAUUUGUACUCUCAAAGUAAUCAGCUGAAGAGCACAGGAAGGAGUAGGCCAUCGACACCAUCCUUGGACUACGAUUUUAGAGACCCUGAACAGUUCAUUAAGCCAACUAUCAUUAACAAAGCUGACUAUCAACGUAAGGACCAGAGCGAAGACAGUAUUUUGAAGCAUGCACCCAAAAGUGACAGUAAGAAAGGAAAAAACGUGAAAGAGAGAAAUGUGUCAGUGGUGCCACCAAAUAAUGCAGUGCAACGUAAUUCGAACGUACAACGCAGUGAUAAAGCUCUGAAACCUCCAAAUCCUGCACCGUACACUGAGGCUAUGACUCAGUUUCACCGUAACCAGAUACCUUAUAAUAAAACAACUUUAAUGCCAUACUGCAUGCCCCCUGGUAAUCCACUACCGAGUACUGGCUAUGAUUACCCCGUAAUGAGCGUCAUAAACAAUAGUCACAACUAUGUCAAGUACGAUAAUCGGCCAAGCUAUGCUUCAGAAGAACCAAAGUAUGACAAUACAUGCUCAGUCAACAUAAACUUGAAUAUAACCUCUGACAAAUCCCCUCAGGUAUUUUUAAAUAGUGUAAGUACACCCAGUCCGAACCAUCCUCCUCAUUCUUCUCCUAAUGAUAGUUCUAGAUUGCUCCCUCAAAGCUCUCCGACUAAAUGUAUCACAGCAAACAGUGAUUUGCAUAAAAAUUUGCACAAGAAGGAAAAGCAAAAAAGUAUUUCUCAAAAAUCAUGCAGCGAAAACAACGCUCCCUCAAAUCUGACAGUAGUUCGUAGUCACGGAACCUCCAGCACAAAUUUUGUACCAAGAAGUGUCCCGGAAAGUAUUCCAGAAGCAUUUCAAAUUCACUCAUUAAUCGGCCCUCACAAAAGCAAUGAUCAUGCAGAUUUUAUCAACAGUUCCAAUAAUUCUGCAAUCAGGGAUUUAAGCAAAAUGGCAGAAAGCGUACCUAACCAUCAAGUAGACUCAAGUCAGAAAUGGAACAAAAUUGCUGAUCUCACUAGUGUUAGAAGUCCAUAUGUAAGUUCAUUUAAUCUACCAGCUCACUGCCCGCCCAAAAUUGAUAAAUCCGACAGUGCAGCAAAUAGCUCUCACCCCAUAGAAACCUCCAAUCAAUCGUGCCUGUUUCAGCCUCUUGCUAUUGGAAAGCCAGAUAAGAGGACCGAUGGAAACUCAACUCAUUUUGUUGGCAAUGAAAUUCUGAAGAAGAGCUGCACAACCGAGCCAGCAGAUAAGUCACAAGCAUUUGCGGAUGAUCGUCCAAAAACAAAUGCAAAUAAUAGUUUAACUUCUGAAGUUUUUGAUACUCAGUAUUACAAGUCCUGUAUUUAUGAUUCCUCGAGCUCCAAAAAUAAUACUAACCAAGCUCAGGUGGUCGAUAAUUCUAAUGAAAUUGCUCAGUGUUUAGUUUCAAGACCGAACCUUGACAUUAAUUCUAACAGCAUCGGUGUAAAGCAUAAAACAACUUUAAGUAAUGAUCCCUCUAGAAUAAGCCCUCAGGCUUUGGAGAGGUUAUCCGAUGCGGGGGUCGAUUUUCAGAAGGAAGCAGGUGAAAAUAAUUCUGUUAAAACUGCUGUUUUAAAUGAUACUUCUAACUCAGCCAUCUGUAGUAAUGAAAACACGGUCAUUACAAGUACGUUAAGGGCUAGCCUGGUCCAAACCCUGCAAGAGAGCUCUGGAAAGCAACCAGGCGGGACCUCAAACAACAUUGAAAAUUUGGCAGUUGGCGAAAUUUUCCCUGUUGAAGAAAACAAGAGCCCACCAAAGUCCCUCUCAGGCAGGAAAAAUGUCAGUAGCAGCGCUGAAGAGUUGUUUGUUGAUGAAGAAACUAUUGACUCUAUUAUUAAUGAACGAUGUGAUUCAUUUGGUGCUGUUGAAUUUCCUGUUGAAUCUAGCUCACAGACAAAUGACCAAGGAGAUGCUAGUGACAGAAUUCCCCCAUUAUCGCUUCUACCAUUUCCUGAAAGUGGACAGGCAGCUUCAAUAUGUGUGAAUUCAAAUGUUUCAGCAUCCGAUGGAACUGCAGUAGAUCCCUCAAGCGAUGCUAUGUCCAAAAAAGCUAAAGUUGUGAGUGGAAUGGCUGAUCUUCUGAACAGUGACAGUGAUUUGAGUGAGCUUGAAGAUGAAACAGUCAAAACCCGUAGGAACAAAAAAAGAAGACCAGCCUCCAAUGGUUAUUCUAGCUUUGACCUAUUCAGUGACAAUGGUACGUUCUUUUCUGAUGCUCGCCACAAACCUGGUUCCUCAAAAAAUGAUAAAAUAUCAGAAGGCAAUGAUUGUUAUAGUCUGACUGGCACAGUUUCCCAGAGUUUGCAAGGCGCAGAAGCCCGAAAAACUGAUGAGCUCACCCUAUCAAAAUCAGACAAUCACACCGAUUUUGAAAUGCUUGUUCAAAAUGAGAUGAAUAAAUUUAACUUUGAGUCUGAUAUCCUGAAUAAUAUAGGCUCUCUUGAUGUCGAAGUUGAGCCUCCACAGUUUUUCAGUGAACAUAGCUCAACCUCCGAGCCCAAAUCAGUCGGUCAGUCUAUGAAUGAUAAUGCUAAUAAAACUAGUAAUGUUAACUCUGAUUUGAAUGUAAGCACAGCCAUUACUUCGAUCCGCGCAAAAAUGGAUGAUUUGCUGCAAGAAAAAAUCCUCGAAACAGAAAGAUUGGAAGAACUAGAUGGCACAAAGAGAAAUUCCUCUUUGUUUUGCGAAGAGAUGCCUCCAUCAAAAUUAAAGAAAGAAGAAACUGAUCUCAAAGACAAGGACAAGAAAAAAAAGAAGAGCAAGAAAGAAAAGAAGGAGAAAAAAAAAUUAGAUUCGAAGAAAAGAAAACCCGCACAAGUUACCGAUCCUGAUCAAAAUUCAACCUUACCCAUCAAAAAACUGUCUUUAGAAGAGACACAUUUAGUCAAGGCAGACCAUACUACGAAAGAGCUAAAAACUGAUAAAUUACUAAGCCAAGUCAAUGAACCGCACAACACCCAGGAAAAUAAGUGGGAAAGGGUAGAUUCAGAGUCCUCGCAUGAAAAGUCAAACCCUUACAAGUCUUUCAAACCUGUAAUCCGAAAUAUUGAUUCUCUUCUAGAGAAUGAUAUUUUUGAACCUGAGCCACCAGUCACUACUCAAGCACCUGUCAUUAUAUCAGAUUAUAUGAAACGUGAAACGCACCCUGAGGUAGAAUCUCAUUUGCAAGUUAAAAGCAAUGAAUCCUUUAAUUUUACCAUUGAACGCUCCUCAGAUGACCAUAAGAACUGUGAAGCUGAGUCUACUCUACAUCAAAAACAUUCUAAAAAGAAAAAAAAGAAAAAGAAGAAGGAAAAGCGUGAGAAGGAGGACUUUUUGAAACAAUCAUUCGGACCCACGGUGGAAAAGAAAAUAGAUCUCAACAAUCCAGCAUCGAGGAAUGAACCGUCAAAAAUUAAAACUGCAACACGCAGUAAAGCACAAGAUUAUGAGGACUCAAAAUUUGAAACCCCUAAGUUAAGUACUUCGACCGCACCAUCAAUUGUGUCCGCCGAUUCUGUGCGCAAUAAAAGCUAUAAUUUAUCCUUGGAUUGGAAAUUAAUUGUGAGUGCAGCAGAUUAUAUUGAAAAUCAGUCUUCUCAAAGUGCCUCCAACCUCAAAACUCCUGAAACUGGAAGUACAAGGAGUCAGCUUUCAAAUUCUCCACCCAUCGUGCACGAGAAGAAAGUUGAAAUCAGCGUAAGCCCUCCCUCAGAUGACGACAGCAAUAGCUCCUUCGAUUGUAAAAUUGAUAGGAAGCUUUUAGAGUCAAUAAAGUUUCCUGUUAGUAAGUUUGAGCACAGAAAGUCCAGGAACAGUUUGUCUCAGAGUUCAGUCGAUUCUGUCAUCUCUUCAGCAUCAAAUCUAUUUCAUGAAAGCUAUGCCGAUCAACUAGAGAGUCGAGUGAUAAUCUCAUCUAAAGUUUCCUCUAAAAUAUGCAGUCGAAGAUAUAGGAGCAAUUUAUCUGAAAGCUCUACAGCUAGCUCUGUAAUUUCAACCUCCUGCCAGGACAAAGUCACCAUUGAAGAUGACGGUCAGAAUAGCAGGAAGCUUCGUGCAUCAAGGUAUUCAUCAAAUGAUGAUGAAUUUAUUGGUUUAUCGCCUACAAUUUCCAACAAUCUGAGUCAAGACGAAGAAAAUCAAGAUGAAGGGCUCGAGGCUAAUAACAAAUUUCUAAGUGAAAAUGACCCAUUCUUUUUUAGAAAAGAUACGGCAUCCAGCACACCACGACAGAUCCUUUCCCCAAUAAAAACUAAAUCUGACGUUGACACUUUUUCAGAUGCAGAGAGCCUAAAUGAAGAGCGUAGAAUUGAACCUAUCAAUUUUAAUAAUUCUCUCAAUCCAGGUCCAACCCCUUUCUUCGAUCAGAUCUCAAGAAGAAACAACACUAGUCCUGUCCUAGGAGACACUGUUUACGAGCCUACUGAGACUUCUAUUUCAUGUAAUCAAGACUUGCAAGACUCUCUCUCGGAAGAAAAUCUAGAUCAAGAAGUUGAGGAUUGCUUGAAAGAGGUGACAAGUAUCCGGUCGAAAAUUCACAAUCCACCUGGAAACCUCUCGGACUUGAAACCAAACCAAAGGAUUGCAUCCAUCGCUGAUGAUGCAGGAGUUUUUGAAAUAAAUAGCGGAAAUACAUCAAAAAGUGUCUCAAAUAAGGAGACUUCUGAAAAUAAUGAAGUAAUCGAAGCGUUGCCAGAAAAUAGCCCCACUCAAAAAUUGACGCGGAUAGAACAGUAUUUAUCGCCCGCUUCGGAGGAAAUAAUCUGCCUUGAUAGCCUGUCGAUAAAUAGCUUAGCCCAAAAUUCAUUACCUUGUCCAAAAAGUCCAUUUUCACCACCCCAUUUUGAUGACAUCAUAUCAGUGAACAGUCAGCAGGCUCUUUCUCCAUCGAACAUUGAAGCAGUUGCUCCCAGAAAAUCGGAUGCAGAAUGCUCCCCCACAGCAAUUAAUUUGAUCGAACAAUUACCAGCAUGUAGUGAAGUAACCUGUGUUAAAUCUAUUUCAAUGACAGUAAAUUCAGACGUAUCCUCCAACAAAGCAUCCUUAAUUACUAACCCUUUACCUUCAAAAACGGAGGAAUCUUGGCCGAAAGUGUCGCAUUCGCAGAGUUCCACUGACACAUCUUUUAUCAUCGACUCUCAAAUGCAUUGCUCUGAAAAUAGAAUUCAAGAAGUGAAUGAAGCACUGUCAUUGAAAAACAGCGUUUUGAAUGAGAGUGCUCUGGAUUUAACUCAACAAAAAGCAAAUUCCUCUGGUUCUUCUUUUAGUUUAGUACCAGAACAUAAUUUUUGUGAUCAAAGCCCUUCUAAAACUGAUUUUAAUGAGGGUGAAAUCAGUCCUCACCCAGUUGAAAUGGUUAUCUCAACUACUCGUCCUGAUGUCAAUUGUCCCCCUCAAAAAAAAGAAACACAAUCUAAAGAUUCAACUGCUGAAUCCAUACCUGAAAGUACUGCCUCAACAGAAACAUGUGUGCCUCCUCGAUCCCCUCAGAAUAUGGAAGUGUAUCCAGAAAAAAGUUAUGCUGAAGUUGAUCCUUUACCAUCUCUGCAAAACAUGAUUGUUUACUCAGAAGAAUUGAAUGCUGAUUAUGUCAGUGCCACUUCUCAAUCCUCACAAAAUGGUGACCCUCUCCUAAUAGAAUCUAAUACUGAAUAUAAUUCUACAACUGGGCGCAUCUCUCAAAAGGAGGAACCAAAUUCAAUGAAAUUGCAUGUUGACUCUAAUAUCUCGACUGAAACAUCUGCGCAAAGUCAAUCAAAUCCAGAAGAAUCGGGUUAUGAACUAUUAACUGCGGGUACUAAUUCAACCAAAAGCCCAACUGAUAAUUUUGCCCUCCAUGAAGAGACCAUUCCUACAAAAGAAUCAAGCACGCAAAUAUUGAGGGAAGUUACUACAAUGCCAUCUCUGCAAAGCAAUGAAUUGCAGCUAAAGGCAACAGAAUCAUCAUCUAAUCACAUUGACUCAAAUGACUGUUCUACAGCACACCUCUCCCUGGAGAGUUGCUCACUAGAUGACAAAGAAUCACAUGAAGAAUUGUCACAAGGUGAUAUCUGCCCAAUUAAUAAUCCCCUCUCUUCCCCCACUCUAAAAAAUGAAGAAAGCCUGAAAGAAAGAACGGUAGAAGUGUUAGCGGAGGACUCGAGCUUGACUGAUAUUUCUAUUGGCUUUCAGUUUUCAGAACCAAGACCAGUUACUAAUCAACUAUCAGAGGACCCAACUGGCAUAGAUGAGCAACCAUGCAAACCCUUGCAAGAAAGUAGUGUGGAAUCGUGCUCACCUCUAAAUGAACAAACUGCAGAACAUCCAUGUGGAAAUGCUCACACCCUUAAUGCUAAUCAGUCUCAUGAAGUGAGUUCCCAUAGCUCUCCAAGCCCCUCCAUCCAUAGUGAAUCCCGUCAAAUUUCUACGUGCUCAGCAGACAACCAACCAACAUCUGAGAAAACGGUCAGUGUAUUGUCAGUUUUUGAAUGGUUUGAUACAAUCUCAAGGAAGCCCCGCCCCAAAACAUCCUCACCCUCCUUAUCUAAGUCAGAUCUAUCACGAAACAAUAAAGAGAAGUACCUCUCAAAGAAGAACGACUCCUCAACCCUCAGCUCCCUCCACUCAAGCUCAGGAUCUGACUCUAAUCCAGUAGGCAAAAAGAAAGGAGCCCAUCAAGCUUUUGAACCUUGCAUGAGCUCCCAGAACCUGGGAAACAACCCUCCUCUCAAUGAUGUUAAAACACCAAUAGCCAGCAGCGAAGAAAAUGAGAAUUCGAAAAUCAAAAUAGAUCCGAUCCCGUUUGAGAGUAAGAGUUCCAAUCUCACUCUGAGCCCAGAAGAUGGUGAUACUGUACGUCAAGAACUCACUGCAUCUAAAGAAGCAUCUGAAAUUGAAAUUUCAUCAAGGAACGAGCAUAUUCCUAUGGUUGAUGAAUCUACUCCUAUUGCCACUGAAACUCAAGCUCUGUUUUCUGAGACAUUUUUUGGUGACAAAGAAGCAUCCUGCAAAAUUAUUAAUCAAACUGUGAAAUUUCAGAAAGCAGAUAGUCACCCGGUUCUCUUUGAUGGAACAAAGCGUGAGCAGGAAAAGGAUAAAAACAAGCUAGUUAUGAGCUCUGAGAAAACAGAUCGCAAACAGUCAUCAAAAACUGACACUCUAGAUUCACCAGCUGAAGUUGGAAAGAAACUAUUAAAGGAAAACCUGAAUGAGUCUGAAGAGAUCAUUAAGCAUGAUAUAAGCAGUAAAGAUUUUUCAAUGACUAACACGCAACCUAAAGAAAACUUCCCCACACAUACUCAACAUAACCAAAAAGUAACCAUCGAGGAACCGUCAAGAAAUGUCAGGAACAGUCAUUCUGACUACUUGGAAUUUAUUGAAAAGAGAGACGUCCUUGAUGAAACGAAGGAAUCUUGCAAGGAACUCAUAACGGAAAGUAGUGUCAAGCCCAAAACUUGUGCACCUAAGAAAGAGAAGUCUACGUCUAGAAGAAAGGGUGAGGAAACAAAGCGGUCAAAACACCGCUCAAAUGAAGAAGAUGAGGCGAGGAAGAAAAAGAAGGGAAGCAAAGAUAAUGAUGUUCCCAGACCUAAAAUGAAGUCGAGUGAAGGAGAAUACUUGGAUGCGAAAAGAGAGAGUUUGCCUCCUUUGCAGAUUCUGGAGGACAAAAAACACGAAGUAGUCAGUAGAAUUGAAAAUUCAAGCAGAAAUGAGCCUGGGGAAGAAACUGAAAAACACUCUAGGAAGAAAGACAAAAGUUUCUCGGAUCUAAAAAGUGGAAGCUUCACCGAAAUCAAAUGUAAGGAAAACAAAGGCAAUUCAGAUAUUUCUUCCAAAGAAAAAAUUAAACCUUCUGACAGUAAAAGUCACCAAAAGUAUGAUACAGAAAAAAGUCGUCACAGAAAAAAAUAUUCAGACACUCCUUCCAAAAGCACUAAGGACUGUAGCUCAUCUCUGAGCGAGAGGAGGAUUGUCGAAGAUGAAACUAAAAGUUCAGGUAGGAGCAAGAUAGGAACUACGUCAAACAGUAAACUAGAAAAUUCUCAUCGUAGCAAAAGCCAUGACAGAAAGUCAAGAAAAGAUCACAUUGAUCAAUCACCCUCACGAAGUAAAAGACCAAAAGAUGAGACUAAACAUUGUGAUAAGAGAAAAAAUAUGACUGAUCAUCAAGUAGACAGAGGAAAAAGUUCAAGCUCCGAUAAACAGUCGAAGGUUGCUUCUGGAAAGAAUGAAGACAAAAUAAAAUCUACAUCAAAGAGCGCCACCGAAGACAAUAUUAAAAUUUGUAAUAGCAAUUUUAAAUCUGGUUCGAAUGUUAUAACCCUGAAGGAGGAUAAUGUUGGCAGUCAUGAAGUGAAUACUGAAAGUGUCUCAAGUAUAAUGGGACAUGCCGCAGCUAAUACUAGAAAUGAAGCUUUGAAAAACGGGGGAAUCGAAAGAGGAGGUAAAGCAAAAAACAAGAUCAUCUUGCACCCAAAACCUGCCGAUUCUAAUCCUGAAAAGAAAGCACAUGUUUCAAGCUCAAGCGACCAUUCAAGUCCAGCUGCUCUCGAUAAAAACUUAUCAAAGAAAGGAAAGGAGUCCCAAGAGAAAUUAAGUAAACCCAAAGUUGAUCUCAACUCUGGAAGAGAAAAGCCUUUGAAUUGUGAAAAAGCUCCAGAAAUCCCUAGUAAAAUGAAAUCUCAUGACACUGAAGUUCCUAGAAUUCGAGAUGAAAAUUUUCCCAAGAUUGAAGUUAAGCGCUCUGAAGGUGAAAGCAGACACAAAAUUGAAGCCUAUUGUCCUGUCAGGAACUGGGAGUGCCCCUUUGUGAGCAAGGACAAUGCCCGACAGAUGAAAAUACGAGCUACCACUCACGCUGACUCAUGGUCUUACAUGGAAUCAUCCAGGAUCGAUGCAAAAUCAAUGAAUAUAGAAUCCUUACCCUCAAAUGAAAUCAGCAGCCAAAAUCCUAUCGUUCCAAAUGUUUCGAAUUGUUCUGAAAAUUAUUCUAAUGGCUAUUCCAGCAGAGAAAAGAUUGCUAAGUCAAACAUUUUGGAAAAUACCCUUGACCAAACUCUAGUCAAUCCCUUAAAGCGCUGGAAAAAACCUCAAACAUCUUUGGACAGUUACCGUGGUCAAACCUCUAAAAUAUUGACAAAUUCUUCUUGUUCAUCUUCAAAGCAUUCGGAAAAGCCUUUGGAAAUUACAUCAAAUUUUGAUUUUGAACUUGAUCAGAUCUCAGCCGGUGUUGAUAGCGUCCCCAAAACUCCUGAAAGUGAGUUUGUCGGUACCUCAGAAACUCCAGAUAGUAGUUUUGGAAGAAUCCCAAAAACGCCUGAAAGUAAUUUUAGUGGAACCUCAAAAACUCCUGAACUUGAUUUUAAUGAAACUCCUAAAACCCCAGAAAUAAUCUUUGAAAAAGCACCACCAUCGCCUGAAAGUAGUUUUGGAAAAAUCCCCAAAACACCAGAAAUUAUUUUUGAAAAAGCUCCAAAAACUCCUGAAAGUAUUUUUGAAAGAGCAGCAACACCUGAAAAUAGUCUAGAAAGAACCUCAAAAACUUCUGAAAGCAACUUUAGUGAAACUCCAAGAACACCAGAAUCCAUCCUUGAAGACAUUGCAAUAACACCUGAAAUUGGCUCUGAUGAAGUCUGUAAAACCCCCGGCCGAAGUUUUGAAAGCUCGUCCGAAAUCCUAGAGGACAGUUUUACAAAAACUCCGAAAACGCCUGACAGCAGCUUUGGGAGAGCCCCUGAAACUCCGAAAAUCAGUUUUGAAGGUACUUCUAAAACACCAGAAAGCAAUUUUGAUAGAGCUCCUGAAACACCCGGCAGGAGCUUCAGCAGGACAUCAAAAAGUCCGGAAAGGAGAUAUGACUUUGGCUCUUCUACAACUGAAAAAAGUUGUAGCAAAUCUUUGGAAGCACCUGCAAGUAGCUCCGCCCAAACUCCCACAACUCUCGAAAGCAGUUUUGGAAGAGCAGUCGAAUCCGAGCGUAAUUAUGCUGAGACUCCUAAAACGCCAGAGUGUUGCUUUGGGAGGAGUACAGAAGUAGAUAGGAAAGUCAGUGACUCAGGGAAAAAGUUCACAGACUCUCAAGCAGCAGAAGCUGAUUUGCAUAGGACAGAGAAAUGGAAAUGCAGACAGUCAGAGGUGAAAAAGGAAACAGAGCAGAAUUCCUCCAGGAACGAGAAGGUCAUGCGAAAUAAUGAUACGACUAAAAAGAAGAAGCACCAAGAAGGAAGGUAUGAGUCUGAAAAACAUGAUGAGAAAUCUGGACAUCGAUCUAGAAAAGAUAGCGGCCGUAAAGUAAACAAAGAUGAUGAAGCGGACGCAAAAAAGUUAAAAUCCAAGAGUCAGCGGUCAAAUCAAUUGGAAAAUCAAUCUUCAUCUCUGAAGUCUAGUUCCUCUCAAAGCAAAUCGAAAUCCAGAUCCUCAGAUUUGCAGAAGGUUCAUGCGAAACGUUCAAAAACAAUGGAAGUGGACAACGAUUCCCCUUCUCGAAAAAAUCUACCAUCUCAGAUCGCCUCAGAUGAAGAAGUUCCCAAAGUAAAGAACUCAGUGUCAUCUAAAAUUAAACCCUCGACCUCAGACUCGACUGCUGUGAAUGAGCCAGUAUCCUUCUCUUCAGAUUUUGAAUUGGAUUUUGACAAGCAUGAAAUAGAUUUUGACAACUUUCACAAACUGUUUGAUCAAACGUGGGAAAAAUUUUCAAAGCUAAAGGAAAGUAGUAAGAAAAACAAAGCCAAUCCUAAAUCAGACAAGAGGAGCAAAACGAAGGAAACAGAAAUUGAAAAACCACCGCAAUCACAUUCCGCCACAAAAACGUCCUCUCUUGGUGACAAAGAUCGAAGUUCACACAAAAGUAGUUCCAGUACUGACAAAGAAAAUGCAAAAUCUAAGAUUAACUUACCAAAAAGGAAGCAGGAUGAUAUGGCAGGGAAACCAUCGCAACAACUAAAUUCCAUGAACAAUAUGAAAGAAGUCAACUCGGAGGUAGAUGAUAAUCUGAAACUUUUAACCAAUGUAUUUGGAACCAAUAAAACCAAAUACAAGCAAAGUGGAUCCCAAUACCAGACCAAUCGCUAUGAAGCACCACCAAAACCAAUCACAAAAAUGAAUCCUACGCUAGUCAAAGACCAUCCAAUAUACCACGCUGAAAAUUAUAAAAUACUCGACAUAUCAAAAAUUCCCUUACCUCCUGAUGAUGGAAACUCUUUCGAAAAUGUAUCACCAAAGAAUUCAUGCACUGAUGAUCCAAAUGUGAUCAAUAUCAAAUUACUCGCAAUGGUAGGGAAUCAGCUCCCUGAAAGAUUUGAUAAGGAUAGCAUCCACACAGAGAAAAAGAGAAAUGUCAAAGAAUCGGUUAUACCAUCUCUCAACUCCCAAGAGAUGCUUAUUCCAAGGCAAGUCUCUUCACUGAACUCCGUCGAUACAAAAUUUUUAGGGCCAGUUAUUCCGAAAGCGAUAGUGCCUGUGGGAGAAAACCAACCUUGCCCAUCAUCACAGAACGAGCGUGAACAGUUUCCUUCCGUGACUUCAAGUCCAGUCUCCAAAGCAAGAGACAAAGAGGCUCUUUAUUCCAGUUUGUAUAAAAAAAUGAAGCACAAAAGGCUACAAGAAAAAAAUCGUUUGAGUCUAGAGAAGGAACUUUCCAUCGCUGCUCAAGAUAGGCCAAAUGUGCCUAACUUAAAUCCUCUACAAUCAGAUACUAAAAUAUCUAAGUCCAGUGACCUGCGUCCUAGAGAAGUACCUGACUCUUUGGAAUUGAAGCCACAAGAUCAAGAGAAUGAGGCAGAGGCGUUUACUUCUCCUGGAAUGAUUCCUUUACCAGCUGAACCUAGAGAACUAAGUAAUGAUGAAGAUUCAGGAAGCACUUCAGAUGCAGGAAGAGAGAAAAAUGAAUAUUCAUCAAAAGAGGAUGAAAUUGUACUCUCUAUGGAGUCUACGUUAGUGUGCGAACCACCUACAUCAGAAUUUCAAGUUAAUGUGUCUCAGACUGAUGAAAAUAAACCUCAUUACGCACCUCUUCAGUCAGAAACAGGAAGGUGUGAGAACAUUAUCAGUAUUACAUGCAAGGCACUUUCAGAUCAGAAAGAUGUGAAUGAAAGUUCUGAAACUGUUCUCCCUCUCUCCAAACUUGACUCUUCAGAACAACAACAAAACCUUGUUUUCAAAGCCCAUGAAGAAGAAGAAGAAGAAAAAUCUGAUGUCUGCUCCUCUGAAAGUCGUAAAAGGCCCUCGAUAGAUUCAUCAAAAUUAAUCGCUACUCAUACUACAGAAGGUCCCACUGAAACUGCACUGAAUGAAUCAGAUCAUUUAGAUUCUUUCAAAAAUCCAAUUUCUAACCAUCCAGUAGAACCUGUAUUUGAGUGUGAGCAAGUUAGUAGCAUGCCUGAAGAAAUAAAAUCGUCUAAGGAAUGCUUAAUGAAUGAGGAAGCGCAACUGGAAUUUGUUAAAAGUAAACUUCUUAAAUGGAAGGACACCUCAGCUAAAAAAUCUGUGAGUGCAGGUAGUCUCAGCAGCAUUAAAAAAAUUUUACAGAAAGACCGGAAAAAGCACAAGAAAUCGUCCAAAAGGAAGAAAAAUAAAGUACAGUUAAGAUCGCCGCAUUCGGAUCCGGAUAAAUCGCCCAAAAUUUUCAAAGCCCAUCCAGAUGAAACCUCCUAUUUGCCUCGUUUUGUACCCCAAAACGUUUCUUCAGCGUCAAAAUCAGUCAAAUCAAUAGAGGAAAAACCGAAUACAUCCACACUUGAUAUGGUAAAAAAUUCUUCUUCAGUUACGGAACCUUAUGAACUGGAAGAAGGUGAAUUAAAAGAACUUGACACAGAAAUGAUAUUGUCCACCUGUCCCACUCUGUCCAGGGACUCUUCAGACAAAAUUCUGUCCUUAAAAAUUGAAGCCUCUAGCCCCCAACUGAAAAUCUCGGAAGAGAUAUCAAUCGAUCAACCGGAAAUUGACUCAGAAAUAUCUACGGUCUCUUCAGAGCUGGAGUCUAAUAGUUUACCAACAGCAUCAUUGUCAAAUUUUAUUGAUAAAAAUGAGGAGUAUGAUCUUUCAAGUGACCAAGGAAAGAACUCCCUAGAAUUGAAGGGAAAAGCUUCUGUUUGUGAAACCUCUAUUGAGAGUUCUGGUGUGACUGAUUUUACUGGCGCAGAUGAACAAGGUUCUGGCAGAAACAGACAAGAUUCUGUCACAGUAGAGAUCGAGAAUUUUCAGAAAAUGCAGCAAAUUCUGGAAAACGUAUGCUCUGAGGAGGAUGAUCAAACUAGAUUGGAGACGCAAAAAUCAACGCCAGCAUAUGCUAAAGUCAAUGCCAUCUCAAGCAACGCCACUGAUCUGAUCUGUGAAGACACCGAAACCCCUGGUCAAAGUAGAAAUCCUCCAAGUUCCAAGUUGAAACCUCCUGAUGAAUUUCCAGUACAAUCAUUUAGUAAUGAUGGUGAAUCAGAAAGUAAUGUUGAUGAUCUUGUCCUCUCACAAAAUCAUUCUUUGACCUUAAAUUUAGAGUCAACCGAUAAUGACAGUUGCAUAUUGAAUGGAACAAAAAUCGUCUCUCCUGUACUGAUGCACUCAAUUGUCAGCGAGCCACCUCUAGGAACCGCAGAGGAACCGAAUGUGCUCAUGACAGCAGAGCAAAAAGGAACUACAGUCUCAAUUCACGGUAACGAGACAAUGGAUGAUGACUGUGAAUCAGUUGUAAAUGAGCACGCUACGUUGCAAGUGGAGAUUGUCUCUGAGAGUGACAGAGUCCAAAUUUUGUCAGAUAGUUUUUGCGACAAGCAAACAGACUUUAAUUGGGAUUUUGAUGAAUUUGAUACCUGUCCAGGUGAAUCUGCAUCCGAAGUUCCUACAGCAGAUCUGGCGACUGAAGAGAACACUCUUCAUUUAAGUGAAAAGUGUAUCAGUUGUGAACCUCCAACACGGUUAUAUUUAGCAGAAUCUGAAAUUCAAACCUCAAGGAUAAGCGAUUCACCCCAGAAAGUUAAUGAACCCAGGUCCGUUUGUACGCAGGACGAAUUCUCCACAAAAACAUCUGACGAAUUAUUAAGUGGUAAAUCAACUAUGGCAUCAAACGCUGAAUCUAUUCAAGAAACUGAGCCUUGCCAAAAUUAUACCUAUGAAGAUAAUUUAGCUGAAAUUUCUCCCAAGGUGGCAAGUCAAACCGAUGAGCCGUCAAAUCAAAUGUUGACUGAAACAGAUAACUCUGCUGAUUCAAACCUAGAAACGGCAACUUUCAGCAAUGAAAUCUUGCAAUCCAGUGAUUUAUCCAACAUUGAAGAUCUUGCUUCAACAGACAGCCCUGCAACCGUUGAUUUUAUUCAAGAAAGUUCAUCUACCAGCCAAUUAUGUGAAAAUGAAAGAGGAAUUGUGGAAGAUUUUUAUGAUUCAGAAGUAGACAACUUGAAAGAAACUAAAUGUAUCCGAAAAAUCUUGAAAAGUUGUCCCAAGGAAGAUAAUAAUACUGAAAACCUAGAUCAAAGUCCAAAUAGAUCAAUCCAAAAAAAUGCUUCAUUCCUUGAAACAGGCUUUCCCAACGAUAUUUUGACUGAGGAAAAUCAUCCACAAGCUCACGAUAUAAAUCAAGAGACUCAGUCAGACUCAAAGGCCUGUGAAGAUGAUCAUGUUAGAACUCUUUCCUCUGAACACAGAAACGACUCUUUGCCAGUUACUGAACCGACUGAAGAAAUUGAACCUGGUAGUCAAAUACUCACAUCAAACAGCCAUUGUGCUGAGUUGGAGGUGAAAAUGGGAGCCCUUGAUUUAACUCAAAAGAUGGUUUCAUCUAGUGAAGAAAAUUCUUCUUGCUCUCCCAAAGAAAGCCUUGUUGAAUCUGAAUCGAAAAUCAUCAAUAUCAAGCACACUGAAAAUUUCUCUCAAAUCACAGUGGAUGGUCUUGAAAAACUGGUGUCCCCAACACUUCCUGAAAAUGAUGUAGAGACUUCUAGCCAUUUAUCUGAAAAUUUAUCUGGGAGAAACGAUGUCAAUUUUGAUGUAGGCAGUGGAAUGGCAUCAAAUGUCAUGAGUGAUGUCCUUGAAAGAGCAGAAAUGACUAGUAAAAGUUCCAGCAGAAGUCCAACUGUAGACUGUCAGGUUGAAGAUGGGAAUGUUUGUGACUCUACGAAAACUUCAGGUCUUAUUUUGUCUGAUGCAGUGCUACAUGAUCCUUUAAAUUUGAAUGUCGAAAUGGAGGUAGUGAUUGGCUCAAGCGGUGAUGAAAACAAAGAAAGAGAGCCAAUCAAGUCUCAUGAUUCGGAAAAUGAAGUAUCUCCUAUCAAAACCUUCCAUGCAGAAGGAGAAGAUUCUAAAACUGCUCAUAAAAUACCUUCACCUAGCAGAAAAAGAAGAAAACGGCUGACAAAUUCUUCUAGACGGAAAGACUCAAAAAAGAAAAGAUUCACAUCACCGAAAAACGUUGCACAAAAGAAACAGUGUGCAUCUGCAGGCAUUUUUCUAUCACCAGAGCUGACAUCUGAAAAAAUUCAGACGACAAUCACUUCGGAAGACAAAAUUGAAGUCGUAGAAGAUGAAGGUGGAAGGAAAAAGAACUUUGAUAAUGAAAGGUUGAUGAACACUGGUAAUGAGAUUAGUGAAAACAUUGAGAUGACCGAAAGAAAAAUCCCUCCAAACAUUAGCAGUGCAGAGACGAUAGAGGAAGUUUUUUUGAAUGAUGAACAUAAAGACUCUGUUCAUCUAAAAGAAAGUGCAUCUGUGACAGGCAAUGGCAGUUAUGAAAAAAUGGAUGAAGGAGAACAUUUUCUAGAACCAACAGAAGGUGAUAAUUCUCUGUGCACUAAUCGCAGAUUGUCAAAGAAGUGCAAGUCUGUGGAAUUGCUAACACGAAAUGUCUUCAGUCCUGAAACAGGCUCAAACAAAUCAUCAAGAAGCAUGAGCUAUGUACGUCUGAAAAGCACAGACUCUGACUGUAGUUUCUCUCCAAACUAUCUUAAAGGCCUUGAACAUGAUAGCUCUAAUUCAUUUAUGAAAUGUUUCUCUUUCAUUAAAGACAGUAUGCCAUUCAUCACAGAUUCAACAGCUUGCCUCACCGAUAGUGAAGUAGGGUCUCCUUCUCUUGCAAAAGAAAUAGGAACCGAUAUCAAUGAAGGAGUAUGUCUCCCACCUGCAGGCAGUGAUAUGGAUGAGAGUAUAACAGCAGCUCUUUGCGAUUCACAGUUGAGAUGUUUUGAUGAGUGCCCAAUCAAUAACACUUUCAGCUAUGAAGGAAAAGGAAAUCUGGCAAACCCCGAGAUGGAGUUAAUUGGUUCAGAAGAAGCAGAAGAUAAUGAAAAUAUGGAAACUCAGACUUGUAACUCAAAGAGUGAAUCAGAUCUCAAAGUUCGCUUGCCCUGGAAUAGAAUCUUCAACUUGAAGAAACGUCGGAGAAAGAACAUAACCAGUUCAAAAGGUAUAGAACUUGGUCCAGCAAAGAUAGAAAUUCGUUUGAAUUCAAGUGAGAACAGCGGAUCUUGGAAAGUGAUUCAGAAUUCAUCUGUUUCUGUGUCAUCUGGGAGUAAUUGUAGUCUUGGCUCGCCCAUUGGAAUCAAAGUUAAUCGCCUCGUCUUACAGCGGCAUCCAACCAAUGACGCAGACUCUUCAAAAAUUGGAGAGGUAGAAAUUCCUAAGAUCAAGGAUUCCAUACCUGAAACGAUUCCAAAAGUUAUUAUCAAGAAAAAUGGAACGAAACGCUACAAAAGUUUUUUCAAAAUCUCGAGUAAACAGCUUCCAGUGGUCAAAAUUUUACGAAAUAGACACAUUGAUUUGAUGGCACUGAAGCUCAAAGAAAUGGUUGAUAGCUCUCCACCCAGUGUAAGAGCAGAACAGUCGCCUUUGCAACCAACUGCCAUCAGACAAUGGACCGGACCCAAAAGUAGAAGACCAGGCUUUAAGACUGCUACAUCAAGCGAGGCUGCUUCAAAGCUGUCUGCUGCAGACACUACAGAUUCUAAUAGGAAGGCAACUAACGUCAAAGUCAAAAAGUUACCUAAGUUGUUGCGCGAAAUGCAGUUAGACGAUCCCCCUGAAGUAGACUACAGUCGUCCCAUUUGUUUGUCUACCCGAAGGAAGGUGGGAGAGAAGAAUAAAGUUUUAGAGAUGAGUAAAACACCAGCAAGAGAAACGAUCAGUCUUGCCACCAUCAGAGAAGAAAGCGAUGUCGAGCUAAACGAUGCUGAUAACACUUCUGAUAAUUUUCCAGACAACGUAACUCUUAAGUAUUUCCCUAGCUCUAUGGGUGAACCAUGUGACAAGGAUGGAGCCCCUAAAAGAGAUUUAUUGCAUCAAAGCAGUAAAAGAAGAAAAGUUGAGAUCAAUGUGCCAAAUGAUUCAUCUGAGAAAGAUUCAAAUGUAAAGUCAAGUUUGAUCUCUUUUGAAUCGAUAGAAUCUCAGAAUUUUGAGAAUGAUGUGGUAGAGGGUAUUGCAAAAACGGAGCCUGCUAAGAAGAAAGGGAGAUCAAUAUCAUUCGACUCCGAUCGCAAGGGAGUGUAUCAGAGGUCGAGGUCAAGCUGUCAGAUAUGCUGCGCUGCUGUGGAAGAGACGAAUGAGAAUUCGAACAUGACGAACAACCUGUUUCAUUGCACCAAGUGUUGUCUGGAAUUUAAGUCUCAAGAGGAAGAAAAAGCACAUGACAUAGCAUUCCACAAAAAUACUGCAGAGUUGCAAAGCUGCUGUCUCUGUCAUGUAUCAUUUGUGUCUGAAUUUUCUUUUAAACAACACUUGAAAAGCCGGCUCCAUCAAUUGCUGGAAUCCGUUCAAAAAGAGACCAUCAACUCCCUCUUCAAGCAUUUCACAGGCAAUGUGUGCCCGCAACUGGAGCAUAGCCCAACCCUCGAGGUUCAAGAUAGAGAAAAUCAUCUGACACCACUGCAAAUUGUAUUGGAGAGUGAAGCUGCGUGCGGCAAAGUUGACAAAUAUUAAUUAUCCUGUUUAUCGCAACUGCUAGGUGCAACCUAGAGGAGUUGCCUAUUCUAAAAAAUGACAGUUACCUAGUUAUUAGAUUCAUCGUCUUGUGUUACCGAAGCCUGUAUAACAGUACGUCUGUGCAAUCUGUGUUCACAAUCGAUUUUCAGCAGUUACUAACUAACUGCAUCAAUCAACCAAACGAUCAACAGAGUGGAUCUAAGAAAAACUGUGUGUGCCUUCAGAAACUGACUUUACUCCUUUGGUCUUUCAACAGCCUUAUUUUUCUGAUAGUUUUGUUGUAGGCCUUACGGAUUUUUUUUAUCUUCAUAUUUUCGUAGUUGAUCACCAUGGCCUGUCAGCUCUUAGCUCUUCUUUUAUGUCUGGCCUGAAAAUGAGUGAGCUUGCGUUUUUCUGAUAAAUCUAUUUUCAUAGGAUUUCAUUAUUCUAACUGAUUGAAACACAGCUGCCUUGAUUUUGGAACCCUCUUUCCUUUUUCAAGACUGUAACAAUGUUUGAAAUGAUUUUCAACUUCAUGAGAGGAUUUGAAUUGUAAAUUUCAUCUUAAAGAAAAGAAUAGAUUGCUUCUUUUAAAUGCAUCUACCUUGAAGUACUUUUUAACGUUGCUUUCAAUGGACCAUCAAGCAGGGUAUGAAAUUUAGCACCACCAUACCUGUUUUCAUAUCGAAAUUUCAUGUAAAACACAAUGGAUGACACAUUAAACUCAUAAGUUAAAAAAUAACAGUUCUUAUCCAAUAACAGCUCACAUAAAAACCCAGGGUCUACGUGAGUCAAAUUAAGAAUGAGUCUAAUUUUGAUGUAUAUUAUGAUGAAAGACGAUGUUUGGUAUUCCGACUUUUUCCUGACAAGAUUAAAGGUACCUUGUACGGAAAGAGAAAGGAAAUGCGUGUGAUAAGAAGCUUUGAUUAUUUGCCGAACGCUAAAAUUGAUUUCAAUGCACAAUUCGUUCUAUGUUAAUCACAGUUUUUUUUUUUUUUUUUUUUUUUUUUUUUUUUUUUUUUUUUUUUUUUUUUACAAAGUUGCAUUCACUGUUCAAAAUGUAACCUGCAAACACUUAUUGCUUAGCUAUGUGUGAAAAACGUGUUUGGUGUGAAAACUUGAUGAGAAAACAUGUGCUGCAGUGCUCGAUUUCUUACUUCUUCUAGUGGUCCAUUGGCUUUCAAGUUGAGCUUUUAAAGCAGUAACCAGUAAAGUACACGGUCCCUAAAAGGAAUGUUGGUUUGUGAUAUACAUUCAUCCUAUUUUCUCUCAACUAAUUUGGUGUUUGGUGUGUCUCUUUUUUGUAUGAGUUUCUGUAUUGUAUAUCUGUUAAAUUGUUUUUCCAAUAUCAUUUAAACUGUCAUCAAAGUAGCAAGCACAUUUGUGUAAGAGCACAAAUAGAGCUCUCGUAGAGAGUACUGAAUUUUCUCUGUAUUCCCUUUUUUUCAAAAGGUUUAUCUGUAGGUAAAUUCAGAAACCAUUGUAUUUAUGCACAGUUUGGAUUUUAUCACUGUUAUGUUUUUAGACAUGACAUCAAUGUCAUGAACGGAAACCUCUUAUAAGCUCAAGUGAAACCUUGAUCUUCUUGUUAAGGGUAGCCGUUUUUGAGAGUAUUUAACCCUUGAAGUCAACUUUCAUGAAACAGGGACCAAAUCAAAAUAGUCUCUUUAAUCAAGGUAUCCAAUUUAUUUUCUGUUUUAUCCCUACCUUUGUGUGAUAUAGCCAUUAUCUCAAUCAAAUACAUGCUCUAGAUUAAUUAGAAAUAUCUUAGAGAUCAUUUUAUUUUGUAUUAAUUUGUUAAUAAUUUUCUAGCCACCCUUGUAUUUGUAAAAAAAAAAAAAAAAAUGUUGUGAGGGAACCUGUGAAAUCUUACUGUUAAUUAGUUCAUUUAAUCCAUUUUGUUUUUUAUUUUUCUUAUUAUCACAAGUCUGCUUGUCCUCAUCCCUCCCUCCCCCCCCUCCCCCCUCCAAGCUGAGUAGCUCUCAAAGCUUGUUUAUAUAGUAAUCCCGAAGCCUCUUGACGCAAAUAAUUUAUGAAGUAAAAAUAAUUUUCUCUUGUAUCAUUCAACUGUGAAAACAUUUUUCAUAUUUUUCCACAACUUUCUUUAGAUGUCGGUUCGUUUGUAUUGAUGCAAUCUGAUUCUAAAUUACAGUAAAAUGUUAGGAAAACAUCUUUUUUCAGUAUAGAUUCAUCUUUUAUCAACAGGAACUACAAUAGAGCCAGGUCAUAGAAAUUGAGAUUAAAUUAUCUCCACCUGUGAGCGUUCAAAUAAAUGGAUCAGGAACAUCCCUUUUUUUAAGUAUGGUCAUAAUUUCAAUUUUCCAUUCCAUUUUCAUCAGUAUAUUUUUUUCAUGUUAAGCUUUCAAAUUAUUCUUCAAAAAUUGUGCAGCGCCAAGGGGCUGCGGUGAAUCAAUUGGAGAGCUGUUGAGCUGAAUGUUUGCAAUUGAGUUUAGAUAAUUCCCGUUUUGUAUUUUCUAUGUUUUAUCUUAUUUGUUAUUCUUUUUAGUUUUUCAUUUUCACAAUUUCCAUAAUUAUUAUGUCAUGUUGGUGUUAAGUUUAUAUCGCACGCCUCUAUUGGACUUUCCCUUCUGUUACAUGUUGGCUCGGAGUUAUAGUUUUAAUGUUCAAAUGAUGUAUCUCUUUGUUGUAUUUAAUGAUCGUUUAUUUUUGUAAUGAAAAAAGGAAAGUCGAGAAAUAUGAAGUUUGAAUUAUGAAAGGACCAAGGAGUUACUAAAUUGCUAUCUGUAAUUAUUUUUGCUCCUCAAGAAGAUCCUGCCUCUUAUUUCUAAAACUAACACUCAGGAGACAAAAUCAAGGAAAAAUGUCGGGGGCCGUUUACAAAAUAUGCACCACUAACUUUUGGAUUUUUUGAACCCCCAUCCCCCCGUAAAGUGAGGUAGUCUGUUGAAAUUCAUAGUGAGCAAGUAUUGCUUUUCACCUCAUGUCUUUGUUUCAUAAUGUAUUUAAACUGUAAAUUCAUAAGUAACCAUGCUUACAGGUGUAUUGUGCUAAGUGCAAAGUGUUUUCCGUUAAAUAUUAUGUCCUCAUGUGUACUUUUUUUACAGUUAUCCUCAGCUGGUUUGAUUGUGUAAAUUGAAUAGUUUUCAGAGCUUGAUUAUAUUUAUUAAAGUUUCUAAAGAAAAAAAGAAUAUUUUCACAGCUUUUUGUGCUCAAAACAAGAAAGAAAAUCAAGCCAGUUCCAAUAAACAGGGUCCUGAAGUGAACCACUCUUUUGGAAACAAAAGUUUCUUUGCCUCAACUUUCUUGAGCAUGAAACGUAUAUUUUUCAAUACAAAGUAAAUAUUUUCGUCUCUCUUUAGCCUACAUUUUUUAUCCUUACUAUAUCGUACAUUACUAAUUUAAGUCUAUGUUCAUAUUUUUAUAAAUUUUACUUCUGUAAUCGGAAAAAAAUGAAUCUAAAAACACAAUGUGAACUGAAGGAAAUUAAAUACCGCACACUCGUAAUCAGUUGUGAGAAAAGGCUACCAUCACCUGUUGCAACCAGUUCCCUCCUUUUAGUCAUUCCUUAUUUAGCUCUGCCAGAAUUUUAUUGGAUCCUCGUUAGUAUUAUUUAUCAUUGCGGCAAUGCCAUUCUAUCUGACUAUCUCCUGAUUCAUGUAUCGCAAUGUUGUUCUCAGUUUUUUAUUUUUAUUUAUUUAUUUUCCUGUAUUAUUUUCUUUUCUUUUUUUGUCAUCCACAUUGUAUCCAGCUAAGAAUCACUCUGUUUCCCCGUUUUGUACGACGCAGUAUUUUAAUUUUGUAUACCUUUUGUUAUUUAAUUUUAUCCCAUAUUGCCGCGUAGAAGCUUGAUGAGACUGAACUCAGUGCAAUGAAUAUUUCAUUCAAAAUGCGUUAUCAUAUUGAAAAUUCGCAAGUCCUGAAUGUCCUUUCCACAACUUAACUUUUUUCAACAGCUGAAACUAUGUGUUUCAUUGGACUCUAAAGUUUGACAUCAUUAUUUUUCCUCAUUCCUUUGAUGUUUUCAAAACUCUAGCAUUGUUUCUUAAAUUUUUCUCUUUUGGUUACCAAAAUUACGCUGAUUUGUUCGAACUAUUCACAUUAUCUCGUGCGAAAGCAGAAAAUGUUCUCUUUGUGGCAAAUCAUCAUUCGAGGUAGUUUUAACAUUCCAAAUCAUUCAUUCUACGUCAGCUUUUUGUUACCCUGUAACUUGUGAUCUUGUUUAAUUCACUGGAUUUUUUUACCUUCAAUGAUCCAUCCUGCGGAAGUUUGAUGCAUAAUUUUAAAGAAUCUGUUGAAUCAUAUCGUAUUGUAUUUUAUUACACUGCAAGAAAAAGUGUAACUGUAAAAUCAUAUUUUUCUUAAUGAUCGUUUUUCUAGUUUUAAAUUUCACCAUAUUGUCAAGUUUCUUCAGAAUAGAAACCUUUCAAAGGAUCCCUGCCCUCAAAAAUCAGGCUCCUCCUUUGGAAACUGAGUAUUCUGUGCUCAUAUUUUAUAGUUUUGUAUUUUAACCCAAUUUCGUAAUGCCUCUUUGCAAGAGGAUCAUUAUUUAGUAUCUUACAUGUACUUCUACGAAAGUAAUAGACGAGAUGUCCUUACUUUAUUUAUCUAGUUAUUUGUAAUUUUGAAUUUUUGUUUUUUGUUUAACUUUUAAAACGUAGAAAUUCUAUAUGGUGACCUGUUAUACCUUGUGUAUUCAACUUUGAAUCGGGAGUUUAAAUUAAGAGCUCAUCCUUUGUGAGUGGUUGAUUUUGAAUGAUCUCUGUAUUUGCUAUGUCUCACACCCCUCAGCGAAAGUUCUUUGCUGUCAAGGUGUUGAAUGCAUAGUUUUAAAGGUCUCUUGAGCAUGAAAUUCUGCAACCUUGAAUUUAUUCUCAAACGUGAAUGUAUCAAUCAUAACUAAAUGCUGAUAUUACACCAUGGGUUUUCUUCAGUGGAGAGCGCAGUAGUUGAGACUUGGAUGGUAAUGUGGUAGCCACGGAAUUUCCGUUUUUUUAUAUUUCUUGCUCUCUCCUCUUGAAAAGCAGCUUAAGCAGCCUUCCUCUUCGCAGAGAGGUGAACAAGGAACAACUUUAUUUAUGAAGAUGUUUUCUUGACAUCCAUGUAACUUGUUGAUCUCCUCCUUGCAUUUCAUCUAAAUUUACACGAGCAAAAGCAUCAAUCAAGUUGUUGAACUUGAACUUCUGCUGAGUCUUGAUAACAAGGGAAAAUAGUUUCUGUCCAAAACACAAGAUGGGCAAGUCAAUCGCUGUCACCUAACGUUUGUGUGUCCUAUAUCUGCCCGUUGAGGGCUGUAACAUACUACGGUUUGCAUCCUAGCUUUAAACCAGUUGGUGCAGGACGCAAAAUAGGUGAUGCAAAUGGACCUUCCCGUCUUGUGUCUCCGGUGCAAACUCAUUUUUCCUGUCAAGAACCGGCAAGUAUUUCACGAAGUCUGCAUUUACAGAAUUUUAAUCGUGUGUUCGCCGAAGCUUUUUCUUUGGAGGUCGCUUCUGAUCACUUCAAUUGCAUUUCUCAAGUCAACUGCUCGUAAUUGAUCACACCAAGAUCUUGAGUAUUUUUCCAGUCGGAAAGUACAAGUCUGCAUACCUCCUGAAAAUCAGGAAUGCAGUAUAAACCUGCGACUUCUUUUAUUCACUCUCAAUCUCUGAAGCUCAAUGAUAAAAAUCAGUCUUCACAUCAUCCUGUCGUAAGCAAUUAACGAGUGAAUCUGAAGAGACUCAGUGUACAUUGUUUCAAACAAGGAUUAGGCUUUGAAAACCACGUCCAUCCACCGUGCGACUUUUUAAAGUUGGCUUUGCCAACAAUAUUUCUUUUUCUUCUUAGAUUUUAUCUAUUUAUAUUUACAAUUUCAAGUAUUUGCAUAAGUGUGUACAAGAGAUCUUUAAAUUUGUACCAUAUUAUCAAUCAUGAAGGAGAUACCUGUAUCUUUUGUUACUUUUUUACGAUCAUAAUCAUUGUUGCCCUAGCAUGUAGUCUUUUUUUAUAUUUGUUUUUUCUUUUGAUAUUGUUUAAUUCUAUUUUAUUUUCUAGAACAUUCAUAUCUUUUUAACACAUGAAAAAAUUUAGUUUUCCCGAACUUGAGGGCCCGAUCUAUUACCCAGCAAAAAUCAAGAACUAAAUUGUAAUAGUCAGAAGAAAGCAGGACACCUAAAUACGUAUCUUUUUUGUUGAGGAAAUACGUACCUCAUAAUAUUGAGUUUAGUGCAAGGAGUGUCCGAAAAGGAAAACGUAAUAAUGGCUUCUCCUUGAAUUACAACAUUCCACGAAGCGCAAUAUUCUUUAAAAAUAAAUUCAUGAUUUUGCAUCUGGAACAUUGUUAAGCUUAUUGCCGUGCACAUCACUUUUUUAUAUGAAUGAUGAUUUUGAAAGUUGAACAUUCAAUAUUGAAGCCUGGUUUGCAGUUAGCGUUUGUUCUACAAUCAAAUAAAUCUGUACUAUUUGUAUUACUAAUCAGUGUGCAUUAAGUGUAGGUAUUAUUCUAUUUUUAUUCCUUGAGGUACCACCGGUUAGUCUUGUAAGCAGUUUUGGGAUCUUUCUAUGUUAAUGUAUUACUUAAACGGUAAUUUUUCUCACCUCCUUCAUUCAUGUGUUUCUAUAGAUGUAUUAAUGUACGUUUGCAUAUAUUUGUACCUAUGUAUGAUUGUACCUUCUCAAUGCACAUGAUUUCGUAAAAGUACUUAAAAGCCAGUUUUUAGAGACGUAAAAUUUGGACAGGACGGUAUGUCUUGGGAAAUUUUGUGGCCCAGAUGCAUUUAUGAAGAGAUGAUUUUCGGAAGACCUGCUCAAUACAUUGAUUCCUAUUAUAAAUUACCUAACUCUAUUUUUACGUAUCAUCAAAUCUUUUGAAAGCUGACUAAAGGUUUUGAAGUUGAGUUUUGGUCAGUUUCAGAGUUUCUUGUCACCUGUUCAUUUUGUUAUUGAUCAUAGUUUGAGUGAGUCCAAAUUUUAUGCGCUUGAUUUGUUUUUAGUCACCAUCUAAUUCAUGACCUUCGAAUAUUUUUGUUGUUAAUAUCAAGAUACUUGAACUACUUUUAAACACUAUUUUCUUUACGGCCUCUUUGUCAACUGAAAAACAUGUGCUUCAUAGACGACUAGGGAAGGUGCAAA